GUCUUGGUAUGGACUCUCCCAGUCCUAUGGAUCCAGUUGAUGUGGAGCAAACGUUUGAAAAGGCCAUGCAGAAUGCAGUGAAAGUGGUGAAUGAAAAGCUACCCAUCCGCAGGAUAAACUCUCUCCCUCUACAUUUGCUUGGUCAUAGUCCUAAUUUGAAAGCUAAGGAUCCUGACCCUCAGCGUUAUGGCAUUUUUAGUCAGCCGAAUGCACACAGCUCUUCCAACAAAGAGAACCUGCAUGAGGAGAGCUUUGAGUUCAAGAAGCCCAUGCAGCCGGUGUCUCGCUGUCGACUGCGCUCCUCUGGAGAUGCAAAAGAAGCCUUCGCACGCAGGCCGAACUCUGCACCCGAGCUAACGGUACAGACGUCUCCCGCAAAUACGUGUCCCCGACACGUCAGUCCCGUCUGCUUACGACGGUCCUCUCUCACAAGCUGUCUCCACGACGACACAGACGACGAUGGUUUUCUAGAUGAGUUGGACGAUUUGGAGAUGGACCCUGAAAUGCCAAUGGGAAUGGCCAGUUUGCUCACGGCUCCUCUAGUAGCGGAAAAAAACACAGACGAUGCAGAGUCGCCCGUGAUUCGCUGUCGGCCCCGUGGGCUCUUUCGCUCGCCCUCCUUGCCAAGCCACGCUGUUGGACGUAUCCCUCUCAAAAGACCGGAACGCCCACCAGAUGACAACACGCCCAUUAGAGUGAAGAGAAGGCGGAGUCUGGCUGGAUCACAGGUUACCGCCAUGGAGCAAGAGGAGUUGGAACAUGAGUGCUUACCCCAAGUUCUCCCACCGCAGGUUCAAAGGUCGAAGUCGUUUAAUCACACUGAAAUAGAGAGACUGCUGGACACCGACCCCAAAGAGCUGAUUGGAGACUUCACCAAGCCCUUUGCUCUUCCUACGGUUGAGGGAAAACACCAGGACCUGAAAUACAUCACUCCAGAAAUGAUGGUCAAAGCAAUGAAUGGUGAAUUCAGCAAUCUGGUCGAAAGGCUACUGGUUAUCGACUGUCGCUAUCCAUACGAAUACGAAGGAGGACACAUCAGGGGGGCGCUGAACCUGCAUCAGGAAGACCAGAUUGAAGAGCAUCUGUUGCGGGAACCGAUUCUCCCAUCGUGCCCUGGGAAGCGCGUCUUGCUGGUGUUCCACUGCGAGUUCUCGUCCGAACGCGGCCCCCGCAUGUGUCGUUACGUACGAGAGAGAGACCGCAUCCUCAACGAGUAUCCCAAUCUGCACUACCCUGAGCUGUAUGUUCUGAAGGGCGGGUAUAAGGACUUCUUUCCCCUUCACCGGGCAGAGUGUGAACCUCAGUCAUACAGACCGAUGCAUCACGAGGAUUUUAAGGAGGACCUGAGGAAAUUCAGGCUGAAGAGCCGUACCUGGGCAGGGGAACGGAGCAAGAGAGACCUUUACAGCCGCCUUAAGAAACUCUGA